UAUGUACCCACUCUGAGUCAACAAUCCUUCCCAGUCAUAUUACUGUCCGCCUUUUUUCACUCAGUUUCAACAAACUGAGGUUCAAAUUGGUAGAAUAAUGUAUCCAAGGCCACACAGCUGGGAAAGUGUCAGAGCUUGCCUGGCUGCAAGGCAACGUCUGUCCCUCAAAAAUAUUAAUUGUUGCAAUAGUGUCCUUUCCAAGACUGACCAUUUAAGGACCAUCUUCUAACAUGUCUAACUACAGGUUAUCACUGAGUCAAAAACAAUCCCUACUAUAAAUAGAGCUCUCCAUCCACUUAGUCAGUGCCCAAUCCAGAGUAAAUCCUUCAAGAAAGGAAUGGGAGAGGAGAAAUUGUCCAGAAAGUGAGAGAUAAGAAGCCAGGUCUUGGCUGGUGUUGGGACAAACCUUCAAGUGGUAAUGAUGGGACUAAUCCAGAGAGUGAGGUGGGAUUUCCCUACAGAAUGGCAAGUAAUUUAAGGAGGAAGCCCCCUAAAAAAGGAAACAUUAGAUGGAAAUGGGACAUUGGAGCCCAGGGUGAUAGUAUCCAUGUCGAUAGGUGAGUGAUCAGAAGAGGCACCAAGGAUGGGCAGAGACGGGGUCAACAGGAAAUGGGAACAGAAUGAGAUAGGGCGAGGUAUCUAGUAGAGUGAACUGAGGCUGGUGUCUACCCACCGCCACUCCCUGGAUCCAUAGGCCCUCAUAGGGACCUUUGCCCCACCACACCUCAGCCCUGAGAGCCUGUCUCUGCCAGGACAAGUUUGUCGUCUGCUCUGAGCUACCAGGAGCCCCGCCAGGAGCUCCAGGCCCGAUUGGGACCCAUCCCUUUGGAGCAGCUGCUUCAGACUAGGCUAGAAAUCACGGAGCUCUAGUGAUCAAGGGAACCAUGGAGGACAGAGCCGGUCAGCAAGAGAGACCUAGCCUUCGUCUGGAAAAGCUACAGCACUGGGCCAGGCACAGGCAGAGUGGGCGCCUCCUGGUGCUGGCGGUGAGCCAGCUGUGGCUGGCAGUGGCUGUGCUGCCCUUUGCUGUCUCAGUAGCCUGCCUGAACUCUGCUUGUCACAUGACCACAGCACUGCCACUUGGGCCUGGCAUACUGGGUCUCCUCACUGGGAUUGUUACCCUUGAACUGCGCAGAGCACCCCGUCUCUGGAAGGUGCGCGCCAUGAUGAUAUUCAACACCUUUAAUCUGAUCUCGGGCUUCAUCGCAUUGGUGGUCGAGGUGAUGAAGACAGCCUUGAUGUCUGCCCCAACUGUCUCCUCCCAGGUACAACUAGCCGGCUUGCUGAUGCUGGAGCUCAGCGCUGAGGCCUUCACUCUAGGGGGAGUGCUGGUCUCAGCAUACGCCCUGUUCCUGCUGAGCCAGAGGAAGCCAAGAUGCUGCAGAAGCCAGAGUCUGCGCUACCAGGAGCUACAGGAGGGCCUCUCAGAGUUGGAGGAAGUUCCUGAGUUGGAGACUGGUCCCACAGUGGCUAGCACAGCAAAGAGAACAAAUGAGUGAGCUGGCAAGUGGAAGCAGACAUGUGCUGCUCUCCUACCCGACGGGAACAUUCUCCAGACUCUCCUGCACCGCAUCCCCCUGAACUCAAAUUAGAUGGAGUCCCCUGAGACAUACAUGAAGUCCAGUGGAGUGCCUUCAAUUUUCACUCUGACUAGGCCCCUUGCUUUACCCUUCCCUGCUGGGGAAAGCAAUAACUAGACUGAGUCUUUCAUCACCUCACAGUCCUGAGAAUCUGACUGCCUGCAAGAUAAGAUAUCUUUAAACUAACUUUCAGCUAGAUCCAUUUCCUCCCUUCCAUUCUUACCCACUGCCUCCCCAGCUUCACAUCUGCCUCAUCUCACUGUUUCCAAGAUUUCCACCUUUCACAAUCCCAUUCACUCCAAACCCGGGUUCCCGUACACGCCCACUCUGAAAUCAAUUCACUACUGGUGCUUUCGUUCUCUCGCUUCGAUCUGGUGCCUUUCUACUCUAGCGGAAACUACAAAUCCCAGGAUGCCUCGCCGCCCCGUGGCCUGCUGGGAAAUAAAGAGCCUUCCCUUC